AUGGAUGGUGGCCGGGGCGGGGGCCCGGGUGCUGGCGGCAGCGGCUACCAGCGCAGCUACAUCGGCGGCAAGCGCGGCCGCGAGGAGGGCCCCGAGGGCCAGCCGCCCAAGCUGAGUCCGCAGCACUUACUGGUGGCCAAGCUGCUCGGCGUGUGCGACCGUAACACGGGCUCCGCUCGCGACAGCUGGACGGACGAGCGCUUCUUCGACGACCUUCUCAAGAGCUGCCGUCGCGACCUGGAGCACGGCGGCGACAACGUGGCGUGGCUGCUUGUGGAGGCGGCGGUGGAGGUGUCGUUCAAGACGCAACACUACGCGCUGGUGCUGGGCAUCCUCAACACCGAGCGCCCCGACUUUAGUCGCCGAGUCACCUCCGCCGUUAUCGCAGACCUGCGCGACUGCCUGGCAGCCCCCGACCCCAGCCCCGCCCGCAACCACCGAGCCAAGCAGCUGCUGCGGUUCCUGGCCGCACUGCAUGCCGUCAACGUCGUACCCGCCGAGUGGCUGCUGGCGGCGCUGACGGAGGUGACGACGGCGGCGGCGGACGGUCUCGCGCAGGCGGCUGCCGCCGCCGCGGCGGAGGAGCCGCCCAUGGGCGGUAUGGACGAGGAGGGAAUGGGUGGUGGCGGCGGCGGCGGCUCCGCCGCCGCCUCUGCCGUACAGCCCUGGUCUGACUUCCUGGUUUACUCGGUGCUGGCGGCGCUGCCGUGGUGCGGCCGGGACCUGGCGGCGGCGCCUGCUGACGUGGACAUGGGGGGUGAAGGCGGCGGCGGUGCGGGGUUGAGUCUGGCGGGGCUGCUGGCGCGGGUGGAGUCGUACAUGGCUGCUCGGCCGGUGGCUGAGGAUGAGGCGCUGCGACCCAUGAUGGGGGCACGCAGCGAGGAGGACCUGGCGGCCAGGAGCGACAGUGGCGGCGCCUCCUUCCUGACGGAGCUGUGGUCGGUGACGUGCGAGUGCCGAGACAACGCGUGGGAGGUGCAGGUGCUGCCGGGCCCGCACGGCCCCUACUUGGAGAAGCUGGCGGCGGCGCAGCCACUGGAGGGGCUGGAGCCGCUGCAGGUGCCGCACUGGCCGCCAGGCAUCGACCCCUCGCUGCCCGCCGCCCUCAUCGCCGCGCGGGUGCGCUCCGCCUUCCCUCCCCGCGGCGGCAUCCGGCUGCUGUCGCGCGAGUACCUGGAGGGCGAGCUGCCGGGGGUGGAGCGGCUGCUGGUGGAGGAGUACGUGCGGGACACGCUGGAGGCGCUCAGCAGCGACAGGACCGCCUGCGUGCUCACCCUCUCCGGCGCGCUGCCCCACCACCUGGCCCCCGUCUUCGGACCCCAGCGCGCCACCGUUCGCAACUUUGUGGCCGAAGCCCUCUUCAGCCAGAUGCUGCGCCUGCCCAGCGCCUCCCUCUCCCACGCCGCCUACUGCACCCUGCUGGUCGAUCUGUGCAAGGUGCCGCACUUCCAGUUCGCACGCGCGCUGUCCUCAUGCGUGCGCGAGCUGUUCGGGUGCAUGCCGUACCUGGAUCCAGAACUCCGCUGUCGCCUGGCGUCCUGGCUGUCUUACCACCUGAGCUCCUUCAGCUACCAGUGGCCCUGGGACAGGUGGCAGUGGGUGGCGGAGCGGCCGCCGCACGACCCGCAGCGCGGGUUCGUGGCGCUGCUGCUGAGUCGGUUGUUGCGGUUGGCGGACUACACUGUCGGGCAGCAGGGACAGGGGCAGCAGGGACAGCGGGGUCGUGGAAGUGGUGGUGGUGGAGGAGGCUACGGUCGGCGGGGUGCACCCGGUGCUGACAGCGAGCACCCGGACCUGUUGGAGGAGGACCCGGAGACCAUCCGGCAGCAGGAGCAGCAAAACGCUGCCGUACAGCAGCAGCACCAACAGCAGCAGCAAGGGGAGGGUGACGCAGCUGCUGGAACAGCAGCAGCAGGGGGUGCUGAGGACAUGGCGGUGGAGGGUGGUGGCGGUGGCGGUCAGGGAGGAGGUCCUACCGCUGCUGCUGCUGCUGCGCCCUGGGCUGGCGACCCGGUGGCGGAGACGGCAGCCCGGCUGGUGGUGUGGUGCCGGCAGGAGGGGAGCGGUGUGGCUGCGGUGACACGGGCCCGCUCGCUGCGCCCCGAGCAGGUUGCGGCGCUGUGGAGCAGCAAGGUGGUGGAGUGGAUGCAGCUGCAUGGGCGGGAGCUGGCGGAGCAGGAGGGGCCGCUGGCGGCACCCAAGGUGCUGGCCACGCUACUGCUAGCCAUGGGCGUCAAGUCGCCCUCCCACCUGCACGUGGCGGUGGAGCGGUACGCGGAGGCGGUGCGGGCCACGCUGGCGGAGGCGGACGCGGAUGCGGCGGCGCUGGGGGCGCUGACCCAUGGGUCAUGGGAGGCGACGGCGGCGGCACUGGGGGCCAGCCCCGGCCAGGUGGCCAUGAUGGAGAUGGUCCGCUACUACCACUCCGGCGAACCUCAGCGGCUGCUGCUGCUGGUGGACCGGCUGCUGGCGCUGCACGUGAUGGAGGGGCCCUCCAUCGUGGCGGCGCUGUUCGCGGACGCCAAGCAGCCGCAGCAGCAGCGGGGGGCGGGCAGGAGGAGGCGGGGAGAGGGAACGGAGGGAGAGGGAGCGGAGGAGGAGGAGGACGCGCGAGAGGAGGCGGAGGAGGAGGAGGCUUCUUGCGCGCUCAUGUGGGUGUGUUGGAAGGCUGCACACGGUUGUUGUCGCUGCUACUAUUUGCAUGGAACUCGAUCCGAACCAAUGUGCUAUUACCAACUUACCAAGACCUGGUUUGCCGCUCCAUCCGUUACGUUUGCAUCACGGGUGUACGAAACAUGAGGACAUGACCCUUCUCUGCC